AUGAACAAGAUGCACACGACCAAUGCCGCAGCGACUCCAUUUGAUGUCCUCAUCAUUGGGUCAGGUAUAUCCGGUAUCAAUGCCGCAUAUCAUUUACAAAGCGAGCUCCCACGAUGUCGUUUUGCUAUCUUAGAGGCUCGAGACAACAUUGGCGGUACCUGGGACCUCUUCCGAUAUCCUGGCAUACGAUCUGACUCGGAUCUCUAUACGUUCGGAUUCACCUGGCAUAAAUGGAACCGAUCAAAUCCUAUUGCCGAGGGUGGAGAUAUUCUGGAGUAUCUCGACGACGCGAUAACCAGCCAUCGCCUCAAGGAUCGGAUUCUUUUCAACCACCGCGUUGUCUCUAUGAAAUGGAGUCAACACUCGUGGACUGUCAAGGUCCAAACCAAGGAAGAAAACCUCCAUUUCAGUACUCGAUUCAUCAUCUUCGCAACCGGCUACUACGAUUACCAACAACCCCUUGCGACUGAGAUUCCCGGUCUCAAAAACUUCCAGGGGCAGGUCAUCCACCCGCAAUUCUGGCCCGAGGAUUUUGACUACACAGACAAGAAAAUCACGGUCAUCGGAAGCGGGGCUACAGCCAUAACCCUGGUCCCGAAGCUGGCUGAAAGAGCAGAAUCUGUGACAAUGCUCCAGCGCAGCCCGACAUACAUCGUCGCUGUCCCCAAUCCUGUCCAGAACAAAUGGUGGACACGGCUCUUGCCCCAGUCAUGCGUGUACUACUUUCGCCGAAUGUGGCACAUUGUCUUUUCACAGGUGCUGUUCAGGUUCUGUCGCACCUUUCCGCGGGCAGCAAGGUCUCUCCUCGAGAAAGGUAUACUGAAACACCUUCCACUGGGUGUGCCACUGGAUCCACACUUCAAACCCCGAUAUAACCCUUGGGAACAACGAUUAUGUGCCAGUCCCGACGGCGACUUCUUCAAAGCCCUUGGGUCGAGGAAAGCCACUAUUGAGACUGGAACAAUCAAGACGGUCGACGAACAAGGAAUCCAAUUAACGUCCGGCCGUCGGUUAGAAGCUGACUCGAUUGUGACCGCCACUGGACUAAAACUCCAAGUUUGUGGCGGCAUUCCCAUCUACAUCGACGGGAAAAAGCUCGAUCUAUCACAGAAACAUGCAUGGAAUGGCCUCAUGAUGCAAGAUCUACCCAAUGCUGUGCUCCUGCUUGGGUAUGUCAAUGCUUCGUGGACACUCGGUGCCGACGCGGGCAUGCGCCUGACGUGCAGGUUGUUGAAAUAUCUUCAGCGCAAUGAUCAUAAGGCUGCUGUGCCCGUCUUGUCAAAAUCGGGCCAGAUGGACAGCCGGCCACUGCUAGAUCUCAACUCGACAUACUUGACGCGCGCUCAAGAGUCACUGCCCAAGGCGACUCAACAGAGACCGUGGGUUUCUCGCACGAACUAUUUCUCUGACAUGUAUUUCGCCCGGUAUGGCGACCUGUCGGCGGGACUGAAGUUCAUAUGA